UAGUGUUCCUAUGUGUCAGCUAUUGUUCUAGAUGGUUUAUGUAUAUUACAUUUUUUAGUUUUCACAAUACUGUAGGAGGGAGGUACUUUUAUCCCCAUUCUCAUGGAGGAGCAAACAGGCCCAGAGAAGUAAGAGACCUGCUCACAUUUUGCAGCUAGUAGAUGGCAAAGUCAGAAUUUGAGCUUAGCCAUCCAGUAUCCAGAAUUCCUGAUGGUCACUGCCACACUGCAGGAGUCCCAGUAUGUGAAAAUGCUUUUGUGACCCUCCCCACGACCAAUUUCAAGUGAGCGUUGUUCAGGGCUGUGAGGGAUCCGAGUAGCCGGUGGCCCCACCCCCGCCCCUUAUCGGAGCCCCCAGACCCGCAGUCAGCCCACCACAUACCCACUCCAGUUUCCCUCCGGUCUCCUCUGCUGACUCACUCGCCUUCUCUCCCGACACAUCCCAGCCAUGAUCCUGGUUCUGCAGCUCCUACCGCUGCUGCUGUGGAGGGCCCAGGCGAACCCCGGGGCUUCACUGGACGGCAGCCCCGGGGACCGGGUGAAUCUCUCCUGUGCAGGGGUCUCGCAUCCCAUCCGCUGGGCCUGGGCGCCUAGCUUCCCGGCCUGCAAGGGCCUGUCCAAAGGACGCCGCCCAAUCCUGUGGGCCUCAUCAAGCGGGACCCCCACGGUGCCUCCAGUCCAGCCCUUUGCUGCACGCCUGCGCGCCCUGGACCCUGGCAUCCGGCGGCUGGAGCUGCUCCUGAGCGCGGGGGACUCAGGCACCUUUUUCUGCAGAGGCCGCCACGAAGAUGAGAGCCGUACGGUUCUUCACGUGCUAGGGGACCGGGCCGAUUGCAGGGCUCCGGGGCCUAUUCACGGGUCUGUGUAUUACCAGCUGCUGAUCCUGCUGCUGGUCGCCGGUCUAGCGCUGGCACUAGCAGCGUUGGGCGUGGUCUGGUGGAUGCGCAGGCGAUCAUCCCCGCACCCGCUUCCACCACUCCCCAGAUUUGGUGAGACUAAUUCCACCCCAUUGUCCUUCCACCAGAACAUUCCCCAUCCCUCAAUUUCUGGGUCUGAGCCCUUGCUGGGAGCAGACAAGUUGGUCACCUUUUCUCAGUCCUUCAGCUCUGUCCCCCACCACAUAGCUCCACUCGUGAAAGCGGAGCCCCAGGGCCCAGUAAAGGAGGAGGAGCCUAAGACUGCAGGGGACCUGGACCAGGAACCUGUAAGGGCCUGGGGAUGGGAAGGGGGCUGGCUAGAAUCCCUGAGGAAAGUGAACCCAGACAGACCUGGAUCCCCAAGGAGUCAGACUUCUGAGACCCUUUUACCUUCUUCCCCACUUUUCAGAGCCUGCUCUACGCAGAUCUGGAUCAUAUGGCCCUCAGAAGGCCCCGCCGCUUGACCCCAGUGGUCCCUGCUGAUGCUUCCACCAUCUAUGCAGUUGUAGUUUGAAGGGAAGCCCUUACUCUAUACCUAACAAACUGGGGAUUCCCAGCUCUCCAAAUAACCCCUCCCCUUCUUGGCCCCUACCUGGGAAAGGAAGGCACCACAGGAUAGAAAUGAGCAUUGGAUUGGGAGUUAGGAGACCUAGGUUCCAGGCAACUUCUGCUGCUGAUCUUGCUUCUUCAGUUACCCCAUCUUUCAUAUAACUUCCAUUCUCCUCUCCUAUCAGUGUUCUCUCUAAAUCUGAUCAAGCCCAGUCUCCCCAUCUUAAGCCAUUGACAACUCCUAGAUUGUCACCCUAACUCUUCCCUUCCCUCACCAUCAAGCUCUUUGAACCAGGGGCCUACAACCUGUCUCUUCCACUUUCUUCUCCAUCACUCCACUCUCACUGCUCAUCUGCUCUCCAUGAGGUUGACAGUGAUGUCCUAAUGGCCACACCCAGUAGAUUUUUUUAGUAUUCAUCUGGCUUGGGUUUAGAUUACUUCUUUCUUUAAACUCUGUUUUUCUUUAAUGCUGGUGUCUUCCUUCUGGACUCCUGUUUUUUGCUCCCUAACCCCAUGGUAUUCCCCACCAUUCUAGGUUUGUCCCUUUCUUUAUCUGCCUUCCUGUUCUCAGAAGCUGUCAUCCACAGCCAGUCCUCAGCCCUCACCAGAACUCUCUCCAGCUCAGAUCUCAGGUAUAGGAUUUCCAAACCAUCCUUUGUACAUCCUUGCCUGGGUAGCCCUAGGUGUUUUGCACACAGCCUAUCCCAAACCCAAAUGAUUGUCAUCUGCUAAGGCACUCACUUAAUCUUCCUCUGCAUUCUCUCUUGAUCAACCCAGUUGCCCAAACCAGAAACUGGGAGGCAUGCAGACCUUCUUCCUCACACUCCCAUAUAGUGAACCAAGUCCUAUCUUUCUAUUUUAAUAUCACUGUCAAAUCUACACCCUUCCUCAUGUCCAGUGCUGCCAUCUUAAUGUAAAUUUCCUUAUUUCCUCCCUGGAUUACCCAUACCCCACCUCAUUCUCCUGCCCUUUCCCUCCUCCCUGAAGCCAGACAGAGCCUCCCCAAACACUAACCAGCUCCUAAGAGCCUGUAACUCCAGAAAUGCAGUAUUUCUUUCCUUAACCUUCAGCUCUGGGCUGAUAGGCCUUGGCUUUGAGUACCAGGUGCCACAGCAUUCUGCCUAUUCUCCAGGCUUAUCUCUGUUACUUUACAUGUACACAACAUGCCAGGCCCCAAAUAUGCCUUUGCCCCAUGCAACUCCUUCUUUCUGGCUUAACCUUUUCCCUCCCCGGCAUUACCUUCUUGGCUAAUCCUAUUUUUCCUCAGGAUUCAGUUCAAGUGCAGCCUUUUCUGGGAAGUCAUUCCUGACCCUCUUUGCCCACUCCUGCAUACAUUCUGAUACCCUAGGGAGUCCCUAUAUUUCUCUCAUAGCAACAGUCUCCUGUGAAUUGUUCUAUCAUAGCAGUGUAUGUCAGUAUGUAAGAAAUUUAUAUGUACUUUGAAUUCCCUGAUAUCAGGAGACUGACCUUUUUUUUUAUUACUGCUAAGCUUCAGUAAAUGAGUGAAUGAAAAUGAAUGUCCCUGGAAAGCAUCAUUUCUUCCUAAGUGUGGGCUAGUAAU